AGAUCAUAUAUGUAUAUAUCUAUACUUUAUACUGUAAUUGUGUGGUCCUAUAGUAUGAUAUUAUAGUAUUAAAUAUAUCUUAUAAAUAAUACUAUUUAACAGUUAGUAAACACUAGUCAUGGCCUAUCCAAAUACAAUGUAUGGUUCAACUAAUCCUGAAACACAAAUAAGUCCAGAAGUGCAGCAAUGGUUUAGUACUGUUGAUAGGGAUGGCAGUGGAAGAAUCACAGCUAUAGAAUUAAAAUCUGCAUUGGCAAAUGGACAAGGGGGUACAUUUUCAGAUACAGCUUGUAGGCUUAUGAUAGGAAUGUUUGACAAGGAAAAAAAUGGUACAAUAGAUUUAUUUGAAUUUCAAGCUCUUUAUAAUUAUAUUAAUGCAUGGCUAGGUGUCUUUCGUGGUUUUGAUCAUGAUAAUUCUGGAAGUAUACAAGAAAAUGAAUUAAAUGCAGCUUUAACUCAAAUGGGAUAUAGAUUAAGUCGAGAAUUCAUUUCAUUUUUAAUAAAAAAAAGUGAUCCUACUGGUCAUUCUACUAUCACUAUAGAUCAAUUUAUUGUAUUAUGUGUUCAAAUUCAAAGAUUUACAGAUGCUUUUCGAAUAAGAGAUAAUGAACAAACAGGAAUAAUCACUAUUGGAUUUGAAGAUUUUCUAGGAGUUGCACUUAAUUGUAGUGUAUAAUAAUUUUUUUUAUUAAAUUUAUGAUUAUAUUUAUUUUAAAAUACAAAAAUUAGUAGUAGUUUAAUAUUUCAAAAUAUUAGAAUUAUAAACACUUGUACCUUAUUAUUCUUAAUUAUUCUUAUUAGUAAACAUAUUAUUUUUAAUAUUAAACAUAUGUAUUUUUAUAAUUUAAUUUUAUAGAUUAUAAAUUUUAUCAAUUUUUUUAUAAUUGCAAAUAAUUAUAAUAAAAUGAAAUAUUUUGUGCUUAGAUUUAUUUAAUAUUGCUUAAUAUUAAUCUAACGAAAAAUAAUUAACAUUUUAUUAAAGAAUUAUUCAUUUAUUUUUUAAACAUAAAAGAAUAUAGGAUAAAUUACAGAAAUUUUAAAAUUAUAAUUAUUAAUUUAUAUUUUACAAAAAAUAUUUUGUGUAUGUAUAUGAAAUAUAUAUAAUAUAUAAAAAAUAUAUAAAUUUAUAUUAAUUCAUAGUAAAUGUAAUAAAUAUUUAAAUAAAAAAUUUGUUUGUUUGAUGAGUGCUACUAUAACAUCAAUAUAAUGUAUAACCACAGACGAAAUAUAUUACAUUUUAUUAAUAGAAAUAAAAGAAAUAAUUAAUCUAUUUUAUGUUAAAUUAUUUAUAUUAACAUUUUUUUAUAUAAAUUUACACAAAUUAAAUAAUUUACAUUACAAAAACUUAUAUAAUUUUGUUGUUUUGUGGCAGUUAAAGAUGUAUUCAUAUAAUUUUUUUGUGAAAAAUAAUUUAUAUUUUUGAAUAUAUAUGGAUAUAAAUUAUAAAUUGUAAAAUAAUUCCUAUAAAUUGAAAUAAUGAAUAUUUUAUUUAAAAUAAUUAUGUUUCAAACAUAUUUUGGAAAAAGUAUUGUUUUAACCUAACAUUCAAAGAUUAUAUUGCAUAUAAAACAUAUUUCUAAAACAUUUCAUAAAAUAUGAAUUUAUUUUAAUAUUUUGUGACAUAUAUAUUUUAAGAAUGUUAUAGGAAUUCAAAUUAAUAAUUGUAAAAAACGACGGUAUUAAUUAUAAAAUUAUAAUAGAAUAUAAUUGUAAUCAUAUAUAUGUAAGAAAGUAAUUUUAAAAUUCAUAAAAAUAUAUUUGAACUUCAAAUGACAGUACAAAACUCUAUUAUAUAUUAAUAUAUUAUUAUAUAUCUAAUAUUGUUUUAUGUAAAUAAAAAAUUUUAUUAAACACUCAUCACAUGACAAAUAUUAUUUUUAAUAUAGAUUUUAUUUAUACAAUAUCAUUAUUUAUAUUGGAAAAUUUAAAAUAAUAUUGAUCAUAUAAUAUUAUUAAUUAUAUAAUAUAAUAUAACUUAACUUAUAAGUAUUAAUAAGAUAAUUAUUUGAUCUAAUUAGAUAUUUUGAUGAAGACUUCAAUGAUAAAACAAAAUUAAAGAAUUUCAAUACAACAGUAUCACAUACUAGAGAGGCAUAUAAAAGAAUUCAAGAAUUUAAUAGAUUAAAAAGAGCAAGACAACUUCUUGAUGCUAUUUGUUUUACAAAUGAAUUACUUACAGAUGGUUCAGAUAUAGAAAUAUUGAGUCUUGCUAACAUAAUAAUAAAAAGAUUAAAAACUUUAGGAGUUUGUAAUAAUGUAUUAGAAAAUUCUUGUAAAGAUACAAGGAACACAUUUAGACCUCAUAUUGGUAUCUAUCAUUGCUGUACAUUUUGUUCAAGUGGUGGUAAGAAAGAAGCUACUUGUGGAUGUGGAGGAAUUAUGCCUGGUGGAUAUAAAGGCUGUGGACAUGGUCACAUUGGGCAUCCUGGUAUACACCAUUGGUCUUGCUGUGGAUCAAUCUUUCGUUAUGGAUAUUGUUUAAGUUUUCAGAAAUAUCAAUUGUUAUUUUAAUGUUAUUAAUUUGAAAAUAAAUAUAAAUAUAUACUA